CUCCUUCUUUCAGGACAUGAAAACCCGGCAGUUGGAUUAUUUAGGCCAACAUCAAAAUGAUCUGAGCGACGGAACGUUUUUCUCUGGUCUGCAUAACUUUUCUUGAGUUGAACUGUGACAGUUGUUGAAGUGUUGAGCCUGACAGUUACCACUCCGGGGCCAUGGCUUCACCAACGUCACCCCCAGCCCUUAACCCGGACAAAAUGGCCAGUGGUGAGAAGAUAACACUGACUGAUGCCCUGCAGAAUGUGGAUGUGCUGGGAGAACUGCCUCUUCCUGACCAGCAGCCGUGUAUAGAUGCCCUAUCACCCUCAAUACACUACCAUGCAGAUUUCAACACCAACUUUGAGGACAGAAAAGCUUUUGUCUCUGGUGUGGCCAAGUACAAUGAAGAGGCCACCACCCACGCUGAUCUGAAUUUGCUGCUGGAGGAAGGCCAAGAGUACGCAGUCAUGCUGUAUACCUGGAGAUGCUGCUCCAGAGCCUUGCCUCAGGUGAAAAGUAACGAGCAGCCCAACAGGGCAGAGAUUUAUCAGAAGAUAGUGGAGGUGCUUAACCCCUCUGUGUCCAAGCUCAAGAGCUUCAUGUAUUUCCAUAGAAGAGCGACAGACAGAUUUUGUGAUGAAGUACGGCGCCUGUGUCAUAGAGAACGCAGGAAUGACUUUGUGUCAGAGGCCUACCUCCUCACCCUGGGAAAAUUUAUCAACAUGUUUGCUGAGCUGGACGAAUUGAAGAACAUGAGGUCAAGUGUGAGGAAUGACUACGCUGCAUACAGAAGGGCUGCCCAGUUCCUGAAGGUGAUGACAGACCCCCAGGCUCUGCAGGAGUCUCAAAACCUCUCCAUGUUCCUGGCCACUCACAACAAGAUACGAGAUGAGCUGAAGAGCACACUGAUGCAGAUCCCACAGUUUGAAGAUCUGCUGGCUGAGGUCAUCCACACCUGUGUCAACAUGUAUGAGAACAGGACCUUCUUGUACCCUACAGAGAAAUACAUGCUGGUCAAGGUGAUAGCAUUUGGUCUGUUCCUGAUGGAUAACAAGGACACCAGCAUCUACAAGAUGGAUGCCAGGAAGAAAGUCAAUAUCUCCAGAAUAGAUAAAAUCUUGAAGCAAUUAGAGGUUGUCCCCCUUUAUGGGGAUAUGCAGAUUGCCCCGUUCCAGUAUAUACGUAAUGGGGCUAACUUUGACGCCUCUAAAUGGCAGUGCUGUACCUCACAUGUGCCCAGUCCCCAGUCUAAUCUCCUACAGGACCUGGUGAGGAUACGAGAAGACCAUGUCAGAUACAUCAGUCAGCUAGCCAGGCACAGCAAUGAGGCUAUUACAACAAACCGAGAGAGUCUGAGAUCAGAUGCGGAGAACAAAGAGCUGUAUGAUUUAGCCCUGCGAGGUAUGCAGCUUCUGUCUGCCUGGACACAACAAGUCAUGGAGCUGUAUUCCUGGAAACUGCUUCACCCUACGGACCCUCAUCAGAAUCAGAACUGUCCAGCGGACGCAGAGGAGUAUGAACGGUCUACAAGGUACAAUUACAACAGUGAGGAAAAGUUCGCUAUAAUCGAGGUGAUUGCCAUGAUUAAAGGGCUACAACUCCUGAUAUCUUGCAUGGAAUCUGUGUUUAUGGAUGCUAUUCGGCGCCACAUCUAUGCAGAGUUACAGGACUUUGUUCAGCUGGCGUUAAGGGACCCUCUGAGAAAGUCGAUCAAGAAGAGAAGUGAUGUCAUGAAAGUGAUCAUCAUGUCAGUAAGAGACACAUGUGCUGAUUGGCUGCGGGGAGUUGAGCCACAGGACGACCCAGUUCUGAAGGGCAAGAAAGACCCAGAUGAUGGGUUCUUCAUCAAGGUCCCUCGCAGGAAUGUAGGGCCAUCAAGCACCCAGCUGUACAUGGUGAGGACGAUGUUGGAAUCCCUGAUACAUGACGGAGGUGCGAGGAAAAAGACAAUGAGGAAGGACAUAGAUCUGCAUCAUCUCUCAGCCAUUGACAACUUCCACAAAAUGUCAUUCUUCUGGUCAUACAUGCUCAACCUGAAUGAGGCCCUUCAGCGAUGUUGUGACCUCUCUCAGCUGUGGUACAGAGAGUUCUUCCUGGAGAUGAGCAUGGGCAGUAGGAUUCAGUUUCCUAUUGAGAUGUCAAUGCCUUGGAUCCUAACUGAUCAUAUACUGGAGACUAGAGAGCCUUCAAUGAUGGAGUACAUCCUCUACCCUCUGGACUUGUACAAUGACAGUGCCCAUUUUGCCCUCACCAAAUUCCGUAAACAGUUCCUGUAUGAUGAGGUAGAGGCUGAGGUCAACCUGUGUUUUGACCAAUUUGUCUACAAACUCAGUGACCAGAUCUUUGCUUAUUACAAACACCUGGCAGGAAGCAUAAUGUUGGACAAGAGAUUCCGAGCAGAGUGUGCCAACUUUGGAAUGGUGAUAACGUACCCAAAUACAAACCGCUACCAGACACUGCUCAAACAACGCCAUGUACAGAUACUUGGUCGUUCCAUUGAUCUGAACCGUCUCCUGGGUCAGAGAAUCAAUGCGGCCCUGCAGAGAUCCCUGGAUGUGGCCAUCGCCCGGUUUGAGGGGGGAGAUCUUACUGGCAUUGUGGAACUGGAAGGUCUGAUUGAGUGUUGUCGUCUGGCUCACAAACUGCUGAGUCAGUACCUCACCCUCAAUGACUUUGAUGCCAUGUUCAAGGAGGCAAAUCACAAUGUGUCUGCUCCCUAUGGGCGGAUAACUCUGCAUGUCUUCUGGGAGGUCAACUACGACUUCUUACCAAACUACUGCUACAAUGCUGCCACUAACAGGUUUGUGAAAACGAGGAUGUCAUUUGCUCAGCCCAUACAGAGGGACAAAAUCCCUGGGGUGUCAUACCAUUACCUGUGGGGGACAAAGGCCCUGACAUACUCGUAUGGAAACAUCUACUCUCUGUACAGUGGUUUUGUGGGCCAGCCUCACUUCAGAGCUAUCUGCAGACUUCUGGGCUAUCAGGGCAUAGCCGUUGUCAUUGAGGAGCUUCUCAAGAUAGUCAAAAGCCUGGUACAAGGGACCACAUUACAGUAUGUGAAGACACUGAUGAAGGUGAUGCCAUCAAAGAGUAAACUGCUCAGGUUUGACUACGGCUCACCAGGGGUACUGGGGUAUUACCACGCUCAGCUCAAUGACAUGAUCCAGUACCCAGAUCUGAGGACUGAGGUGUUCCAGUGUUUCCAAGAGGUCGGCAAUGGCAUUCUCUUCUGUCUGCAGAUGGAACAGGCACUGAGUCAGGAAGAGGUGUGUGACCUGAAACAUGCAGCUCCAUUCCAGAACAUCAUCCCCAAACCCUUUAUACACAUCAAAGAGGGAGAUAACCGUAAAGAGAAGGAACAGGAGCUGAAGGUGAUGAUGAAGAGACUAGAGAACAAGUAUGCAGCUUUACAGGUCGUCCCAAUGAUUACUAAACUGGGAACACAGAAGCAAGCCAACAUCGCUGGAGAGGGAGAUUUGCUGACCAGAGAAAGGCUGUGCUGUGGCCUGUCCAUGUUUGAGAUUGUCCUCACCAAGAUAAAAGAGUUCCUUGGUGACGGUAUCUGGCAGGGAACACCCCCUGCCAACGGUGUCAUGAAUAUUGAUGAGUGUACCGAGUUCCAUCGCCUGUGGAGUGCCGUACAGUUUGUUUACUGUAUGCCUGUGGGAGAAAAUGAGUUCACUGUAGAGGAGUUGUAUGGAGAAGGACUGAACUGGGCUGGGUGUGCCCUCAUUAUCCUGUUGGGACAACAGAGACGCUUUGAGACGCAGGACUUCUGUUACCACAUCCUCAGAGUGAACAGGGUGGACAUGAAGGACGAGAAUGUCAAGGGCAUUCAACUGAAGAGAAUGGUGGACAGAGUCAGAAAGUUCCAGAUUCUCAACAACCAGAUUUUCUCUGUCCUCAACAAGUACCUGAAGUCUAGCGACUCAGAUAACCUUCCAGUGGAACAUGUGCGCUGUUUCCAGCCUCCUAUCCACCAAUCACUGGCAACCACCAUAUGAUUUAACUAGUACACCAAUCAAAUAGGAUCUGCAACUUGGUUGGAAUCUCAUUAACCAAUCAAUGGCAUCAGCUGUGCGAUUGGACCAACCAAUCAGUUUCUCCUUUGACAUCCUCAAACCUAAUAAUUUAACUGGCCAAUCGCUGUGUGUUAUUCAACUGGGCUAUAUAUAAAGCACUCGCUGGUCAUUAUAUUGACUUUUUGCUCAGAGCAACGACUACAUUUAUGAACUCCUGGUACUGAAAGUGUUUGCAGUGGCAGACACAUGUAGUAUGUUUUGCUUUAUAACUGAAGCCCACAUGUACAUUUUAAGAGUAGUGCCCUAACAAAUAUGACCCUAAUAUUCAGUGAAUAAUAAUUCAUCUUCCAGAUUACAUUUUUUCCUCAUUCUGAUUUGUUCUGUACUUGAUGUUUCUUCAUCAUACGUGUAUCACCUAGUAUUCAAGUUGUUUACAGAACCAUCUCUAUCUGUCCUUUAGGUGUACCAUUUAUAAAGUUGAAUGAUAAUCUCUGAGCAAACUCCUGGCUAUUCAUUAAUAGUAUAAAAGCAGACUUGACAAUCCCUAUUUGAUGUACCUGUAUACAGCAUGGACAAAGCUACUUGGCCAUCCUGUGAUGUAACAUAUGUUUACGCUGUAUUCAUGUUAAUUACCAGUAGUACAAAAUCAGACGUUGUCACAGCAAAGAACUAUAGACAUUCAUGUAACAUUGCAUAAACCCAGGAAAUAUCUGUUAUUUUUGCACAAACAGGUAGCUGAUGAAGUGCUUCCACUUGCAUGUACAAGAUUAUUCAGAAAGUUUCGUUACUACAUUGUAUAUGGACAUGUUGCUAAAAUCAUAAUGGCAA